AAAAUAAUUGUUUAGAGAUUGCAUUAAAACAAAACAAUGAUUUAUUAACAUAUUUAUUGAACUGAUUGUUUGAAAUGCAAUUAAAAGUCUUGAGAUGUGAUUUGAUAGUAAUUUUAUUACUGUUUUACAAUCAAUGUCUUUGUAUAACGCGAUCGUUAACUAAACACGAGAUUAAUAAUUAUAAGGGUAAAAUAGUGUCAAUGUUUUAUCACUCGUACGAAAGUUAUUUGAAAUAUGCCUCAAAUUAUGAUGAAUUGCAACCGAUUUCAUGCCAAGGAAUGGACACUUGGGGUCAGUUCUCCCUCUCAUUGAUCGACGCUUUGGACACUUUAGCCGUUUUUGGCAAUUAUACUGAAUUCAGACGAGUCGCUCAACUGGUCGUCGAGACCGCAGACUUCAACACUAAUAUCAAUGUUUCCGUCUUUGAAACCAAUAUAAGAGUGAUAGGAGGCUUACUAUCAGCACAUUUGCUGUCGCAGAAAGCGGGUAUAGAGACCGAGAAGGGGUGGCCGUGUGAGGGCCCUCUUCUUAGGCUUGCAGAGGAUGCCGGGCGUCGACUUCUUCCAGCCUUUGAGUCAAAGACGGGAAUGCCUUUCGGAACCGUUAAUUUGCGGUAUGGAGUGCCUGAAAACGAAACCCCCAUUACAUGUACGGCAGGCGUCGGAACAUUUAUACUCGAGUUCUGUACUCUGUCUCGUCUGACAGGAGAUCCCAUAUUCCAGAAUAAGGCCUUAAGAGCUAUAAAUGCGUUGCAUAAGAGUCGCUCUUCCAUAGGAUUAGUGGGCAAUCAUAUCAAUGUUGACGACGGAAAGUGGACGGCGACUGAGAGUGGGAUCGGCGGUGGAGUCGAUUCUUACUUUGAAUAUCUGGUUAAGGGAGCAAUGCUUCUACAAAUGCCUCAACUUAUGGAUAUCUUCUAUGAGAAUUAUAGAGCGAUUAACAAAUACAUUAAGAAAGAGGAUUGGUAUGUAUGGGUGAGUAUGACUAGUGGUGCGCCAACUAUGCCUAUAUUCCAAUCGUUAGAAGCCUUUUGGCCGGGAGUUCUCACACUUAUCGGUGAUGUGGAUCAGGCGAAGAAGACUAUCUAUAACUACCAUCAGAUAUGGAAACAAUACGGCUUUCAUCCGGAGUUCUAUGACAUUCCAAACGCAAAGCUUAAUUCGAAACGAGACGGAUAUCCGUUGAGACCAGAGUUUGUCGAAAGCGUUCUCUACCUCUACAGAGCCACUAAAGAUCCACAUCUGCUUCAGAUCGGAGCCGAUGUCAUCGAUUCCAUCGAGAGUUCCACUAAAACUGAAUGCGGUUUUGCGACCGUUAAGAAUGUCGGCGACCACACCAUCGAAGACCGAAUGGAGUCAUUCUUUUUAGCCGAAACUCUUAAAUAUUUAUACCUAUUGUUUGAUGAAUCAAAUUUCGUCCACAACGACGGCUCAACCGGUUAUGUAAUUGACAGAAAUGGCAGCGAAUGUGUUGUCGAUAGCGGUGGCUAUGUAUUCAACACAGAGGCCCAUCUCAUCGACAUAGCGGCCGUCUAUUGCUGUUCAAAUCAAAAGAAAAUCCAAUCAAAUAUAAUGUCUGAAUUUCGAGACAAUUUAGAUCUCUAUUCAGUUAUGGGUAUAAAUCAAAAGCCAAGUAAUCCUUUAAAAACAAUUCGUGACAAAUAUAGAGAAGAAUUUCUCCAAGAAUUACACGUUUAUGAGAAAAGUGAUGCAAAUAAUGAUAUUUUAAGUGAAAGUGAUUUUCAUGGAUCCGAAGACGACUUAAAAGCCGAUUCGGGCAUCACUUUAGAUUUGGAUUCAAAUGAGGCCUUAGAUUCAGAUCAAACAGAAUCAAGUGAUCCAUUAGAAGACGAUGUGAUAAAUUCAAUGCCCAAUACUAAGUCUCCCGAUGCGGAAGAAACCAUUUCAUUAGGAUGUGAGAGCACAUUGACUGAUGUGAGCACUUCUAGUGAGUCGUUGCAAAUGGAUUCACUUUCGCCGACACUCGACUCGAGUCUCAAUUCCUUAAAUAUUCCAAACGUUGACAAAACAAAUGCUCAGAAUUUGCAUUUGAAGAGUGAAUCGACGCCUGGACUCGAAACUACAUUCAGUGAUAUAUCUGUCGGCGAUAUUCACUUGAAAGAGACCAUUAAAGUGGAGACCAAUACAGUAAUUGACACCAAAGUGAGAGAUAGUUUAGAACCGACUCAUUCGAUAGAGGGCUGGCAUUCCAAGUCAUUGGACCAACAAUUGUCCGAAGAUAUCAUAUCUGUGAUGAACGACAACACAUUAAUCGAUGACAAACUCUCUCAACAAAUCAUGAAAAUGCUUUCAAAUACUUCUAAAUACGAAUUAUUUGUCAAUUCAUCGAAAACACCGCAAACUCCGGACGAAAUGAAUUCAUUCAACACCUGUUCACUCAAUUACGAGCUCUUGUUGUGUCCGUCGCAGCCAUUCCUCUCUCGGCUCUCAUAUUUCGGUCAAAUGAUUGUUUUCAGUUAAUUCUCAUUCAAAUUGUUUUAUUUUAUAUAAAAUAAUUGUACAAAAAAUAGUCAAAUAAAGUAAUUAAUAAGUUAUAUAAAGUUAAAUGAAAUAUA